ACGAAAGAGCCAAUCGCGAGCCGCGCACUCGUUAAAGACGCGGCGUCUAGCAAAGCGUGGGGCUUCCGUUCGAAGACGCCAGAACUUCCAGACCAUAGUUGGUACGGUGUAUAAGAGGCAAGGUUUCAGACUCCUUUCUGUGUGCAGUUUACAUGUUCACAUGAAGUUUUCCUGAGUACUCUGUGUUUCCAUCCUUAGUUCCAAAAUUUCAACUUUCCUUCAUCAUGGAAAGAAUUAAAUUCUCCCCUCCACUUUACAAGCAAAGGUAUUAUUUUGUCAUUGAUCUUAUUAUGAAGAGUCAGCCUAGAAAGGUAAUUGAUUUGGGAUGUGCAGAUUGCAGUCUCUUGUGUAAAAUGAAGUUUCAACAAUGUAUAGAAGAGCUUGUUGGCAUAGACAUAAAUGAGCAAGUCAUCAGAGAGAAUAUGUAUUUGUUAUCUCCUCUUCCAUGUGAUUAUUUAAAUCCCAGAAUUCAACCAUUAGUAAUUAAAUUGUAUCAGGGAUCCAUAAUUGAAAAGGACCCUUGUGUGAAGAAUUUUGAUAUGGCCUCUUGCAUAGAAGUCAUAGAACACCUGGAGCUUUCAAUGCUAGAAGCUUUUUCAAAUGUGGUAUUUGGUUAUAUGACACCCCAUACCAUUGUCAUUAGCACUCCCAAUGCAGAUUUUAAUCGGCUUCUACUUGGACUAACUGGUUUUAGAGACAGAGAUCAUAAAUUUGAAUGGACUAAGACAGAGUUUCAGAAUUGGGCACUGGAUAUUUGUGUUCGUUAUGAAUAUUCUGUGACAUUUGCUGGUGUUGGAAGUGGACCCGCAGGCACUGAAGAUGUUGGAUUCUGCACACAAAUUGCUAUAUUUACAAGGAUGCCCGCAAGAAAUGACAGGUGGCUGAACUCAAAUACAGACUGUGAUGACAUCCAUUCUUACAAACUUCUUCAUGAAGUGAAAUAUCCUAGCUACUGUGAUAAGAGAAUUUUUGAAAAUGCCUUAGUUAAUGAAAUCACUUACUGGACAGAAAAGAUUAAGAAACGUUUCCUGAACAGCACAGAACAAGGAGACACAAAGAACAACGUACAACAUGACCAAGAAUCAAAUGAAAAUAUACCCUGGUGCAGCCGUAAUAUGGAAAAGCACUGCAUCAACUGGAGUGUUUGUAAGAGUGCAGAUGGGUAUCUUGAGGUCCAAAAGCACGGAGAUACCAUUCACAUCCCUUUAGAUCAACUUUUUUCUAUCCUCGAGGUCAAAAAGAUCUGCAGUUCUGUAGUCCGACUUAAAGAGGCUCUUCUAGAAAUUGAGCAGUUUGAAAUUGCUGGCGAUAAUUUAGUUGUGUGUAUUUGUGAUAACGAGAAAUGAAGGAGCAAUGAACAAACAUAAAAUCCAUGAAUCUUAAAAGCUAGAAUGACUAAACUAUUAUAAAAAGCUAUUAUUUCAUUUUGCCAAGAAUACACUGGAUUACUUUGAUAAAAAUGAAUAAACCAAUGUUAAUGCAUCUUUUUAUUACAGAAUUUGACUUGUUCUGAGGUUAGUCGUAUUCAUUCAGUGUUCUGUAGUUAAGAUCCUGCAAUGUAAUUUUAUUGGUGGCUAAAUAUUUUUCAAUGUUAACAUAUUACUUCUAAAAGUUUUGAAAACAAGUUUUUUUUACAAUGUUGCUGCAAAAUAUACUAUUAUAAAAAUAAUACAGAUUAUUGUGGACAAAUACAAGUUAAACCAUUAAAAUAUAAGCAG